UUUCAAAAUAAGACAUGGUGCUAGCGUGAUUAAACAAAAGCCGCAGGGUGAGACCAUAAAAAAAAUGUAAAGUCGAAUGUUUACUAUGUGACUUGAAGGCCAGCUCGUUCAAAAAUCUAGCCCCACUGGCUCUCGGCUCAUAACACGUUACAUAGAGUUUAUUCAAACAAUUUUUAGCUACGCUAAUUAGUUCAUUUCAGUGGCACUUCCGGAAUGAGUGGCAAGCGAGAUACGCCAGUUAAAGUGGCGUUUACCUGGCAACACGCUCAGAAGAGACGUCAGAAAUGCAAAAUUUACGAAACACUUCCCGAAGAGCCUGAAGUGGAGGAGGACCCGGAUGUGAAAAAGGACCCGGAUGGGAAGAAACUCAAAGUACCUGGCCAAACCAGCGCCCAGUCAUCACAAUGUCAAUCAUCGAGCACCGCCUUCAACCAAAAAAAAAAAAUACUUCAUCAAGAGCUGAGCCCGGCAGUGACACCAGGGGGCGCCAUUACAAAGACCAUGGCCUCAAGUUCCAGCUCAGUUGAUGACGACGAGGAUGAUGACUGCUUCUCCUCAUACCCCAGCUCCGUUUCUUCUCCAGAGAUCUUCCGACACGAACUCUACGCGGCCAACGCCUCUCAUUUUCCCGCCGUGGGCGACGUGGCGGAUCUCCACGUGCAGGUGAAGAACUCCACCUUGAUCAGCAGCAGCCAUGCUGAGAGCAUCCUCAGCCACCAGUCCCCCAACGUCUCCACCAUCUUGGUUGCUGCAGAAAAGCCCUUGAAGACGUCCCCUAAACUGUCCACCAGGAAGCGAUUUCUGUGCAAGAAGGUUCGCUUUAAAAGCCCGCUGGCGGCGGAGAUGCAUGCAGACAGUGGCGUGUCCGCACCAGCCAGGUUCUUCGACUUCAUCAACGAGUCCCAGGCGCAGGACUUCUUGAGGGGAUCCCAGGAGCGAUACGAUCAACUCUCAAAGAUGGCUUCGUUUCCUCUCACGGUUGCACCCAACCGGAACAAGGCCAGCGACAUCUUCAGUCCUGUCAAACUAAGUUAGUGCAAAAUAUCCCCUCUGAAAUAUAAUGUAUUCUCUAUAACCGGCAUGUUCUGCUAUUUUUGAGAACCUAUUGCAAAAAUACCGGUCAAAAAUCCAGAGUGAUCUGCUGUUUUUGAUAACUUGUUAAAAAUUCCAUGUCAAAAAUCCGCCUUAACCAGAGUGCUCUGCUGUUUUUGAGAACCUGUUGCGAAAAUACCAGUCAAAAAUCCUUUAUAACUAGACUGAUCUGUUGUUUUUGAUAACCUGUUGCAAAAAUGCCAGUCAAAAAUCCUCUCUAACCAGAGUGCUGUGCUGUUUUUGAGAAGCUGUUGCAAGUAUGCUAGUCAAAUAUCCUUUACAACAGAGUGCUCCUCUUUUUUAGAGAAGUGGUUGUCAGUCAAAAAAAGUCCUCUAACUGGAUUGCGCUGUUGUUUUUUGAAAAAACGUUUGCAAAAUGCUGCUCAAAUAUCCUCUAACAAGAGUGCUCUGCUGUUUUUGAGAACCAAUUGUAAAAAUGCUAGUACAAAAUCCUCGAUAACAGAAGUGUUAUGCUGUUUUUGAGGAUCCACCACAAAAUACUCCAUAUAUGACAGCAGCACUGUGCUGUUUUUGAGAGAUAGUACAAAGACACAAGCCAAAUAUCCUCUUUUUGACACAAACACUGUGCUGUUUUUGAGACCCUAUCGAAUAACUGCUAGUCAAAAAUCCUUUAAAACCGGAUUGCUCUGCUGAUUUUGAGAAGCUGUUGCAAAAUACGCCAGUCAAAAAUCCUCUAUAACCAGAGUGCUCUGCUGUUUUUGAGAACCAAUUGUAAAAAUGCUAGUACAAAAUCCUCUAUAACAGAAGUGUUGUGCUGUUUUUGAAGAUCCACCACAAAAAUAUGAGUCAAUUAUCUUCAUCUACAUAUAUGACAGCAGCACUCUGCUGUUUUUGAGAAAUAGUACAAAGACACAAGCCAAAGAUCCUCUUUUUUGACACAAACACUCUGCUGUUUUUGAGACCCUAUCGAAAAACUCCUUUUCAAAAAUCCUCUAUAAACAGAGUGCUCUCCUGUUUUUGAGAAGCUUUUGCAAGUAUGCUAGUCAAAAAUCCUUUAAAACUGGAUUGCUCUGCUGUUUUUGAGAAGCUGUUGCAAAAUACGCCAGUCAAAAAUCCUCUAUAACCAGAGUGCUCUGUUGUUUUUGAGAACCAAUUGUAAAAAUGCUAGGACAAAAUCCCCUAUAACAGAAGUGUUGUGCUGUUUUUGAAGAUCCACCACAAAAAUACGAGUCAAUGAUCUUCAUAUACAUAUAUGACAGCAGCACUCUGCUGUUUUUGAGAAAUAGUACAAAGACAAGCCAAAGAUCCUCUUUUUGACACAAACACUGCUGUUUUUGAGACCCUAUCGAAAAACUCCUGGGCAAAAAUCCUCUAUAAACAGAGGGCUCUCCUGUUUUUGAGAAGCUUUUGCAAAAUAUGCUAGUCAAAAAUCCUCUAUAACCAGAGUGUUCUGCCACUCUGCUGUUUUUGAGAAAUAGUACAAAGACACAAGCCAAAGAUCCUCUUUUUUUGACACAAACACUGCUGUUUUUGAGACCCUUUAGAAAAACUCCUGGUCAAAAAUCCUCUAUAAACAGAGUGCUCUCCUGUUUUUGAGAAGCUUUUGCAAAUAUGCUGGUCAAAAAUCCUUUAAAACUGGAUUGCUCUGCUGUUUUUGAGAAGCUGUUGCAAAAUAGUCCAGUCACAAAUCCUCUAUAACCAGAGUGCUCUGCUGUUUUUGAGAACCAAUUGUAAAAAUGCUAGUACAAAAUCCUCUAUAACAGAAGUGUUAUGCUGUUUUUGAGGAUCCACCACAAAAAUAUGAGUCAAUGAUCUUCAUUUACAUAUAUGACAGCAGCACUCUGCUGUUUUUGAGAAAUAGUACAAAGACACAAGCCAAAGAUCCUCUUUUUGACACAAACACUGCUGUUUUUGAGACCCUAUCGAAAAACUCCUGGGCAAAAAUCCUCUAUAAACAGAGGGCUCUCCUGUUUUUGAGAAGCUUUUGCAAAAUAUGCUAGUCAAAAAUCCUCUAUAACCAGAGUGCUCUGCCACUCUGCUGUUUUUGAGAAAUAGUACAAAGACACAAGCCAAAUAUCCUCUUUUUGACACAAACACUCUGCUGUUUUUGAGAAAUAGUACAAAGACACAAGCCAAAGAUCCUCUUUUUGACAAAAACACUCUGCUGUUUUUGAGACCCUUUCAAAAAACUCCUGGUCAAAAAUCCUCUAUAAACAGAGUGCUCUCCUGUUUUUGAGAAGCUUUUGCAAAUAUGCUGGUCAAAAAUCCUUUAAAACUGGAUUGCUCUGCUGUUUUUGAGAAGCUGUUGCAAAAUACUCCAGUCAAAAAUCCUCUAUAACCAGAGUGCUCUGCUGUUUUUGAGAACCAAUUGUAAAAAUGCUAGUACAAAAUCCUCUAUAACAGAAGUGUUAUGCUGUUUUUGAGGAUCCACCACAAAAAUAUGAGUCAAUGAUCUUCAUUUACAUAUAUGACAGCACUACUCUGCUGUUUUUGAGAAAUAGUACAAAAGACACAAGCCAAAGAUCCUCUUUUUGACAAAAACACUCUGCUGUUUUUGAGACCCUUUCAAAAAACUCCUGGUCAAAAAUCCUCUAUAAACAGAGUGCUCUCCUGUUUUUGAGAAGCUUUUGCAAAUAUGCUGGUCAAAAAUCCUUUAAAACUGGAUUGCUCUGCUGUUUUUGAGAAGCUGUUGCAAAAUACUCCAGUCAAAAAUCCUCUAUAACCAGAGUGCUCUGCUGUUUUUGAGAACCAAUUGUAAAAAUGCUAGUACAAAAUCCUCUAUAACCGAAGUGUUAUGCUGUUUUUGAGGAUCCACCACAAAAAUAUGAGUCAAUGAUCUUCAUCUACAUAUAUGACAGCAGCACUCUGCUGUUUUUGAGAAAUAGUACAAAGACACAAGCCAAAGAUCCUCUUUUUGACACAAACACUGCUGUUUUUGAGACCCUAUGAAAAACUCCUGUUCAAAAAUCCUCUAUAAACAGAGUGCUCUCCUGUUUUUGAGAAGCUUUUGCAAAUAUGCUAGUCAAAAAUCCUUUAAAACCUGGAUUGCUCUGCUGUUUUUGAGAAGCUGUUGCAAAAUAGGCCGGUCAAAAAUCCUCUAUAACCAGAGUGCUCUGCUGUUUUUGAGAACCAAUUGUAAAAAAUGCUAGUACAAAAUCCUCUAUAACAGAAGUGUUAUGCUGUUUUUGAGGAUCCGCCACAAAAAUACGAGUCAAUGAUCUUCAUAUACAUAUAUGACAGCAGCACUCUGCUGUUUUUGAGAAAUAGUACAAAGACACAAGCCAAAGAUCCUCUUUUUUGACACAAACACUCUGCUGUUUUUGAGACCCUUUCGAAAAACUGCUAGUCAAAAAUCCUUUAAAACCAGAUUGCUCUGCUGUUUUUGAGAAGCUGUUGCAAAUAGGCAAGUCAAAAAUCCUUUAAAACCGGAUUGCUCUGCUGUUUUUGAGAAGCUGUUGCAAAAUCCGCCAGUAAAAAAUCCUCUAUAACCAGAGUGCUCUGCUCUUUUUGAGAACCAAUUGUAAAAAAUGCUACUACAAAAUUCUCUAUAACAGAGGUGUUAUACUGUUUUUGAGGAUUCACCACAAAAAUAUGAAUCAAUGAUCUUCAUCUACAUAUAUGACAGCAGCACUCUGCUGUUUUUGAGAAGCUUUUGCAAAUAUGCUAAUCAAAAAUCCUUUAAAACCGGUUUGCUCUGCUGUAUUUGAGAAGCUGUUGCAAAAUACGCUAGUCAAAAAUCCUCUAUAACUCUGCCACUCUGCUGUUUUUGAGAAAUAGUACAAAGACACAAGCCAAAGAUCCUCUUUUUGACACAAACACUCUGCUGUUUUUGAGACCCUAUCGGAAAAACUGCUGGUCAAAAAUCCUCUAUAACAAGAGGGAUUUGCUGUUUUUGAGGACCUGUUGCAAAAUACGCUAGUCAAAAAUCCUCGAUAACUCUGCCACUCUGCUGUUUUUGAGAAAUAGUACAAAGACACAAGCCAAAUAUCCUCUACUUGACACAAACACUGCUGCUGUUUUUGAGACCCUAUCGGAAAAACUGCUGGUCAAAAAUCCUCUAUAACAAGAGGGAUUUGCUGUUUUUGAGGACCUGCCACAAGAAUGCUGGUCAAAAUGCCUCUUCACUAUAUGACAGGAGCACUUUGAAACAGGAUGUUUGAGUGGUUCUGUAAGGAAAUUGUGACACACAGUAAUGAAUUAUUGCAAAAGACUAUCUAUUUUGCGUGACUUUUAACAAAAGUGUAUGCUGUACAAUUACCACUAGAUGUCGCAAGUGCAAUUUCACAAUAUAUUUUCAUGAACGUGACUUAUUUGUGUAUAGUUUGUUAAAUUGUAUUCAGCACUAUGGAAUUUUAGUCAUUCAACCUGUAAAUGUAUCCAAACGAUUGUCGCAUAAAUUAUUUAUUUA